AUGGACUCUCACGCUGGGAACACCGCAGACCCUAGAGGGAGCAGAAGAGGAGGUGGCUUACAGGGGUCCGGGAGCCCCCGAGCUCGGCAGCUCCUGGAGCGGCUGGAUGCGCGCCCCCUGGCGGCACGAGCCGCAGCGGACUUGUCAGCGCUAGUACGAAAGGCGGGCGCCACAUUGCGCCUGCGCCACAAGGAGGCUGUUGGUGGUCUGGACUCUGCAGAUAUAGAAGUCACAGACAGUCGCUUGCCUCAUGCUACUCUUGUGGAGCAUCAACCCAAGCAUCAAAGGUCUCAGACUCUGGGUACAUGUGUGGAGCCACUUCCAGUAACCCAGAAUAAGGCAGGCUAUGCUUUGAAACUACCCCAAGCCACUGGCCGAUUUUCUGUGGAGCUGGUCCGAGGUCCUGCAGGCUUCGGUCUCACGUUAAGUGGAGGCCGAAAUGUAUCUGGGGAUGCUCCAUUGGCCGUGCGUGGACUGCUGAAGGAUGGGCCAGCACAGAGAUGUGGUCAUUUGCAGGCUGGUGACCUCGUGCUCUAUAUCAAUGGGCAGUCAACACGGGGCCUCACUCAUGCCCAGGUGGUGGAGAGGAUCCGAACUGGAGGCCCCCGCCUUUACCUGGUACUUCAACGGCCUCAAGAGAUGGAUGGCAGUAGGAGUGAGGAGGUUGGAGCACACCAGAGGACAGAUCGCAGCCCAGAUCCUAGGGGGAGCAGGAUGAGGGAGCCUCGCAGCACCGUUUCCCCAGUUCACCACCGGCCCAAGACCCGGACCAGUCCGGGACCUAGCCCAGAGGCCAUGACUAUUGGCCACGUGGUUCGCGCAGCGGAGCACCCCACAGAAGACCUGGAAGACCGUAUCCCUGGUACCCCUGGGCCCUGGCUGGUGCCGAGCGAGGACCGGCUCUCGCGGGCUCUAGGGGUUCGGGGUGGGGGUGCCCAGCUCGCUCAGGAGAUGGCAGCCGGAAGGCGGAGGCAUUGAGUGCCAAUAGACCGCUCUGGGCUCACUAGGUGAGGUCCCACGAGAUUCUAGCAUGCCUCUAAGUUUCUCCCUUAGCGCUUUAACACGGUAUAGUACUUUCCCACUGCACAGUGCACAGCGGACUGGCCCCACCCCCUUCAAGACGCCAGUGGUCAGGCCCUCCCAGAGCCCAGAGCACUCGCACCCCACCACCCCCACGUCCAUCCUGAGCAGCUUCUUCUAGUUCCUCCCCAGCCGGGAGGUAAUAAAAUAGCUGAUCCAGUUCUGACUUGCUAGGUGCUCUAGGCGGGGUGAGGCUUCCCAGUCCACCCUGGAAGGGAGGGGUGAGUAGAUCUGGUUUCGAUGAAGUCCCUUUGAAACCACGAGAGUUACGUGCAGCCUCCUUCAUGCCUCCAGAUGGGUCUUUAUUUCUGCUUGCUUCCCAGUUUGCUUUGCUAACCCUGUCCUUCAUUCAUUCAGUUCACUUUCGGAGCACGCACAUUAUUGCUUGUGACGUGGGGGAAUGCAGAAGUGGGCCUGUUGUGGGAGUGUCCCAGUAAGCUCAGGGUUCCCGCAUGGAACGCUUCGGACCCUUAGCUGACAUCAAGAUAGCAAAUCUAGACUCCUGACGCCUUCCUCCACCCAGAGUCUGUGGUCUCUCACUUCCGGCUUUUAAAAACUAGCUUUAACUGUGGCAUAUAGAUUGCUAUCCCAGGGGCGCGGGCUGGGGCCCUGAACCCCACUUUGAGACAGAGCGGGGAAGGUGUGAGUCAGCGCCCCGGGUGGGCCAGGCUAAAAAGGGUGGUUAGAAGUCUUUGGGCCACACCUCCCCUUUUCCUUAGACGGUGACAAACUGCACCGGGCGGUCCUAGCCUGGCACUAAAGUUUCCUCCACCCUGGAAGUAGAAUCCUAUUGUCAAAAGUUUAUAUGGACAGAAGACUCCAACCCAGUGAGCCACAAAGCAGGCGCUGGCCAAUGCUACAAAUGUCCAGUCACCUUGCUGUUAACCACAUCCUGAACAUUCAAUCCCAUCCCCCAAAGAGGGAAGUUGUGGUCUAAACAGGCAACUUUCGCCCCUAUAAGGAGGAUGCGGGACGUGUGUGUGUGUGUGUGUGUGUGUGUGUGUGUGUGUAAUGACAGGUCCAGAGUCUCAGGUGGCAGUGGGGGUGGGGUGGAGCACACUGCAAUCCAAACAGCUGGGAUAUAACGAAGUGAACACUUGAAUGUUAGUGUGUGGUGACUUAUGAUUCAGAGUACAGUGGAAGUAUGGUUCCCCUGAAGUCAGGAAAGGGUUCUAGUACGCAAUUCCCAAACAGUCACACCCAGGGGACUAAUAUAGCAACGUCAGCCACCAUUUACCUAGUUUAGCUUUACCCUGCU